CAGAGAAGACACAGGGGUGGCUGGAAGCAUCUGGACAUGAAGGGACAGCGUGUUUCCCUCUGGCUCGUGGCUGCUAUGUUCUUCCUGUGCUCAGUGCACACCCGAGGUCUGAGAAGGUGUCUGAUCUCCAUGGAUAUACACCAUAUAGAAGAGACUUUCCAGGAAAUCAAAAAAACCAUUCAAGCUAAGGACACCUUCCAAAAUGUCACCAUCCUGUCCACACCAGAGACCCUGCAUAGCAUCAAGCCCUUAGACGUAUGCUGCAUGACCAAGAACCUCCUGGCAUUUUACGUGGACAAGGUAUUCAAGGACCAUCAGGAGCUGAACCCUCAGAUCUUGAGAAAAAUCAGCAGCAUUGCCAACUCUUUCCUCUAUAUGAAGAAGGCUCUGCAACGAUGUCAGGAGCAGAGGCAGUGUCACUGCAGGGAUGAAGCCACCAAUGCCACCAGAAUCAUCCACGACAACUAUGAUCAGCUGGAGGUCCGGUCUGCUGCCAUUAAGUCGCUGGGAGAGCUUGACGUCUUUCUAGCCUGGAUUGACAAGAAUCAUCAAGGACCUUCUGCGGCCUGAAGACCAGGAAGCUAACA